CGGAAGCUUAUAAAUCUUCCCUCUACAAUGUUUGAAAUAAUAUCGAAAUUAGGGUUUGUCUCUUCAAACGCACUAUAAAAUUCCCCUAAUUACCUUGAUAUCUUGCAUCAAUUCUCCGAUCACACAUACACAAUGUCCACCUUUGGCGUUUCAAAUCAAAAUCCAAACAAAUCUACUGAGGUGACACAGCCACCGACUGACUCCGUAUCCAGCUUGUGUUUUAGUCCCAAGGCCAAUUUUCUUGUUGCGACUUCUUGGGAUAAUCAGGUGCGAUGUUGGGAGGUGAUGAAGAAUGGUACUACUCUCGCUACUGUAGGCAAGGCACAAAUAGCACAUGAUCAGCCGGUUCUGUGCUCAGCUUGGAAGGAUGACGGUACUACUGUUUUCUCUGGGGGCUGUGACAAGCAAGUGAAAAUGUGGCCAUUAUUGUCUGGCGGUCAGCCAGUAACUGUGGCUAUGCACGAUGCUCCUGUCAAGGAUCUUGCUUGGAUUCCAGAGCUGAACCUCUUGGCCACCGGAAGCUGGGACAAGACAUUAAGAUACUGGGAUCUGAGACAAUCUAAUCCUGCUCAUGUUCAACAACUCCCUGAUCGGUGCUAUGCACUUACAGUAAAACAUCCACUGAUGGUUGUCGGCACAGCAGAUAGAAAUCUGAUAGUUUUUAACUUGCAGAACCCUCAGGCUGAGUUUAAAAGAAUUGUUUCACCCCUCAAGUACCAGACAAGAUGUGUAGCUGCCUUUCCAGAUCAGCAAGGUUUUUUGGUGGGCUCUAUUGAAGGAAGGGUUGGAGUCCAUCAUCUUGAUGAUGCGCAGCAAAGUAAAAACUUUACUUUCAAAUGCCACAGGGAGGGAAAUGAUAUAUACUCCGUCAACUCACUAAACUUUCAUCCUGUUCAUCACACAUUUGCAACUGCCGGAUCUGAUGGUGCCUUUAAUUUCUGGGACAAAGAUAGCAAACAGAGACUGAAGGCCAUGUCAAGGUGCAGUAAUCCUAUACCUUGCAGUUCAUUCAACAAUGAUGGCUCAAUAUAUGCGUAUGCGGUAUGUUAUGAUUGGAGUAAAGGUGCUGAAAAUCAUAACCCAGCAACAGCAAAGACCAAUAUUUUCCUGCAUGUCCCACAAGAGUCUGAGGUGAAGGGCAAACCACGAGCAGGAGCUAGUGGCAGGAAGUAGAGCUCAUAUUUGUUGCUUAAAAUGUUUUCAUUUUGUAAUCGCCUUAAAGCAACUAGAUAGAUUUUUUGACAUUACAACUUUCUUUUUUUUGGCUAGACAUUAGGCAUGGUCUGGAAUAUGCUACCAUAAACUUUUUUGAUACUUUUUAGUGUGAGAAAGUUGUCAUGAUAAAAACUAAAUUUGUUCUCACUAGAAA